AUGGCCUGCUCUUUUAUAGGAGGAGAUUAGUCUUCCUUAGAAAAAUCAUUUGCAGAGAGUAUACUUUUGUUGAACACUCCCAGCAAGUAGGAUUAGAUUGUCUAUAAUUUUGAAAUUGAAAAGUAGAAAGAGCAAACAAUCAUUAACCUACCAAGAGGAGGAAUCAUCAUUAAGACUUCAAUUGGAAAUAUCCAAUAUGGAUUCCCUCCUGAAACUGUUAAAGAUUCAAUUAAUAUGCAAUUAAAAGUUCCUACUCAUUUCAUAGUUCCCUCUUAAAGGUUUGAUAAGCAAGCAAACUUAAAUGUUGCAGAGUUUGAAUUCCCAGCAUAUUACAAUUACUUCAUUCACAAAAAAAAAAUUAAUUUGAUUUGUGAUGCAGAAUGCAAAUCAGCCAUUAGAAAUGCUUUCUAAGAGACUCUUUGCGGACCCCUCAGCCAUGAUAAACUAUAAGAUGAUUUCCAUUUUUCUUAUCCUAAAUCAGGUUAUCCAGACUUCUUCAAGGAGAGAUCAAUAUUAUCAGGGGCUAUUCAAGAUCCUAGCUUUCACACGGAAGUAGAUACUCUGUUAAGUUUUAGUUUAUUUGACCAUAGCAAUAGUGUAGAACUUAAGUAAGAUUAAAAUGUUGUCAAGAUAUAGAGAGUGCAUAAUUUAGAAUAGGAUGUUAAUUACUUUAAAAUAAUCGAUAAUGGUAAAGAAAUUACAAGUAUCAAGGAUUAGUGUAAUUUAGUUUGCUAAGAGCUUAAAAUGGAUAGACACAGUUCACUAGAAGAUUUGGAGGAUAUUUUGAAAGAUCUAAAUUCAAAUAAAAAAGUUAACCCUAAAAUUGGCUCUGGCUUGGAGUUAGAAGUAAUUCCUAAUAUAAGAGAUACUUUUUAACCACCUGAUUUUGGUGUUACAGUUUUGGGAAGCAGUCAUGGUUUCGACCCUUGUGGCCACACAACUGGAUUUGUAAUUUGGUGCUAUGGAAAAGGUAUCAUGGUUGAUCCUCCACCAUUCUCAAAUGAUUACUUGAAAAAAAUGGGUAUUAAUCCUGAUAAAAUAUCUGCAAUUAUCAUCACUCACUGUCAUGCAGAUCACGAUGCUGGUGCAUUUGAAAAAAUUUUAUUAGAAAAAAAAAUAGAGGUAAUUACUACUAGAACCAUAAUGAAUUCAUUUUUGCGUAAGUAUUCUAAUGUAACUGGUAUGAGAAGAGAGGAAAUUAGAAAGCUUUUUGUGUUCCGUCCAGUAGUUAUUGGAAGUAGGAUGAAAAUAUUUGGUGGCUCCUUUAACUUUUUCUACUCUUUCCAUGUCAUUCCUUGCAUCGGAUUUGACAUUGAGCUCAAUAAAAAAUCACUCUAUUUUUCCGCAGAUACUUUUUACUGCCCAAUUAAGCUCAAAAAAUACUUUGAAUGGGGUUACUUAUAGCAAGAGAGAUAUCAAUAACUAGCAAAUAUUGAUUUUGAUAAGUUUGAUCUUAUAUUACAUGAAGCAGGCGUACCUCCUAUUCAUACAGCCUAGGAAUCUUUUAUGCAUCUUUCUGCUAAAGCUAAAUAGAAUUUAUACUUAGUGCAUAUUGCAAAUAAAGACCUAAAAAAGGAACUAGGAUUGAAAAUAGCUAAAUCAGGAAUAGAACAUACUAUUGUCUUAAUACCUGCUAACGCAAAUAAAGAAAUGACUUAAUUAAAAAGAUUAGAUCUUGUAUCUAAUAUUGAUAUAUUCUAGUCUUUAACUAUUAAAAAUGUUAGAUAUUUGCUAGAUUGCUUAGAGAUCUUAGAAGUUAAAAAGGGUGAACUUAUUUUCCCUGAAAACUCUAUAGGUAACAAAUUCUUUAUUGUUGAAUGCGGAUUGGUCAAAAUAGUCUCAAGAAAUAACAAAGAUUUUGAAAGCUUUAUAGGUCCUGGAGAUUAUUUUGGAGAGAUAAGUCUUAUCGAUGAAUCACAUACUAGAAAAGCAAGUGCUUUUGCUGAAAAAGAUUGCGUGCUUUUAACUUUAGAAAGACAUGACUUUUAAUUUUUAUUUGGAGAAGAAGAUGGCUCUGGUGAAGUUCUAAAAAGAUUAAAAGAAUUAACUGAAGCAAGAAAAAAAUUCGUUAUUGUUUAUCUUGAAAAGAAUUCUUUGUUCAACUAGCUUGAAAAAAGUUAAAAAGUUAUAUUAGAAAUGAUAGUAAAAGAAAAGAAAUUUUUGAAAUCUGAGUAAAUUUGGAAGAAGGGAGAAAAACCUUAUGGAAUCUAUAUUGUUAAAGAAGGAGAGUGUAUUUAUGAAAAAUAAGAUAUACCAGCUAAAAUUGUUAGAUAAGGAGAAUUUAUUGGAGAGACUUUAUCUAUUUAAAGAAAAUAGGCAGUCAAUACAUCUCUAAAAGCAUUAACUAAUUGUACACUCUUAUUUAUUGACUCUUAAAAUUGGAUUGAAUUCUUAGAUAAAAACCCAGGAUUCAAAGUGCUAAUUGAUGAUAAAGUAUACUUCAAAUGA